AUCAUCCUUACCCGACAGAGCAGAUACUACACAAUCUAGCACAUUCUCUUCUCUUCCGUUCUCUCUCACCAUUGACUGGAGUCAUCAUCUUCUUGACACAAGAAGAGGUCUGAGCCAAAACAAUGGACCACUCAGCAGAUCGAACAACUUUUAAGCGUCACUCGUCGCUUUCUACACUUGUGGCUCAUUUCUUUGGCAUCUUAGCCGUUAUUCUAAUGCUCAUAUGGCUUCUCCAUUACCGUGAAGGUAUUGAGUAUGGCUCCGACAAUCCCCUUAAGGUUUUAAAUGUGCAUCCAUUUCUCAUGUACUGUGGUUUUCUCUUCCUCGUGGGCCAAGCGAUGAUGACGUACAAAACGGCGUAUGCCUCGCACCAAGUACAGAAAAUGGUUCACGGUGGACUUCACUUAAUAGGAUUAGUUCUAGGUAUUGUCGGAAUCUGCGCCGCCUUUAGAUUCCACGAUAAAUUAAACCUUAAAGACAUGGUCUCUCUUCACUCCUGGAUCGGUCUCACCACUUUCAUCCUCCUCGGCCUCCAGUGGCUGCUCGGGGCGCUCACAUUCCUUGCGCCACAAUCUUCAUCAGGGACGAGAACGAGGAUGAUGCCGUGGCACGUCUUAGGUGGUCGGGCACUACUUUAUAUGGGUAUUGUCGCAGCACUUACAGGACUCAUGCAGAGAGCUACAAUGCUUGGUCAGAGCACGAACGCUGAGUCGCGCCUCAUUAACUUCACCGGCUUAGCCAUUCUACUCUUUGGCGUUUCCGUCGACUUCUCCGUCGCUCUUGGCCGUUAUAAUUGAUGGAUUCCUAUAUUAAUUAGUCUACCGUUUAAGUAAUCUUUCUUUAUUGUAUCAUUCAAUGAAUUAUUGCUCGUUUGUGUUGGUGUGAAAAUGUGAUUGGUGUGAUAUCUAAUUGGGCCCUGAGAGUUGAUUACCUGAUAUUUAAUUCUUAAUUUACUUUUGUGUGUUUUUUC